GGCCGCAAAAUUUUUUCUAAAAUCCGCUGGUGCGCGCUCGCAACAUUCCGCUAGCGCUUUUUUUUCCGUUCUUAUUUAAAGGCCCGGCCGCUAGGACUCUUCGUUCAGUCGCUUGAGCUUCCUUCUCCAAUUCAAGCCGUGUAUCGCACACAUGGACGGCGACCUGAACGAGCCUGCAGUGGAGGAAGCCGAGGGGCUCGACCUCAACGCUGUUGUACUGGAGGAAGCACAUGGGCUCGACCUCAACCAGCCUAUUAUGGUGGAUGACAACGACAAUGGCUUUGAUUUGAACCUUCCAUUGGAUGAAUAUGGUGCGGUUGAUUUCAGUUUUCUACAGAAUCUCGCUGAAUCUGCUGUUGAGGCUCCCAUUCAAGCAAACCACCGAAGGAAAGAGAUGACAGAGGAACUCAGGAAACAAGUUUAUCAAGCUUUGUUGGCUAGAAGCAAGAAUGGAAAACUAGGCAAGCAAGAUACUGCAAGUGUUGCCGAUCAGUUUGGCCUCCACAUCCGAACAGUUCAACGUUUAUGGAAGCGAGGUAAAAUUCAACUUGCAAACUCUGUCCCAGUUGUGGUUUCUAGUCUAAAGAAGGGUAGAGUUGGCCGUAAGGCAAUCCCUGUUGAUUUAGAACCAUUGCGCAACAUUCCUCUAAAGGAAAGAAUGACCAUAGAGGAUGUGUGCAACCAAUUACACUUGAGCAAAUGGAGGAUUCAAAGGUAUUUGAAAAAAGGUUUUCUUAGGCACCACUCUAGUAGCAUCAAACCAUAUCUCACUCAAGCUAACAAAAAGUCUAGGUUAAAGUGGUGUGUUGAUAUGAUAGAGAGAGAAUUGCUUGCUGAUCCAAGGUUUAAGGAUUUUUAUGACUUUGUGAUCAUUGAUGAAAAAUGGUUCUACCUCCAUCAAAAAUCAGAAAAAUAUUAUUUGCUACCUGAAGAAGAUGAUCCCAAUCGGACUUGUAAGAACAAGAAUUACAUCCCUAGGCUCAUGUUCUUGUGUGUUUGUGCUCGGCCAAGGUUUAGGGAUGGGGAGUGCAUUUUUAAUGGUAAGCUUGGUUGUUUUCCUCUUGUCACUUAUGAGCCGGCUGUAAGGGGGAAUCAAAGAACCGGCCGUGUCUGUGGAGAAUUGGUUAUGAAGCCCAUUACAUCGAUCACAAGAGAUGUCAUUAGGGACUUCAUGAUCAAUAAGGUGUUGCCGGCUAUUAGAGCCAAAUGGCCAAGGGAAGAUGUGGGCAAAUCGAUAUUCAUUCAACAGGAUAAUGCGCCUUCUCAUCUAAAGCUGGAUGAUCCGGUGUUUUGUGAGGCUGCUAAGCAAGAUGGCUUCGAUAUUCGACUAAUCUGUCAACCACCUAAUUCUCCGGAUUUCAACAUUCUAGACUUGGGUUUUUUCCGAGCAAUUCAAGCUAUUCAAUACAAGAAAAAUGCUAAAACAUUAGAAGCCCUAGUUCCAACAGUGCAAGAGGCAUUCAUGGAGUAUUGUCCGUACAAAGCAAAUAGAAUUUUUGUAACUCUUCAGACUGUUUUGAAGGAAUCCAUCAAGGUUAAAGGAAACAACAAUUACAAAAUUCCUCACAUGCAAAAACAAAGACUUGAGAGAGAAGAACGGCUGCCAUUGCAAAUCAAUUGCGAAGCAUCCUUGCUAGAUGAAGCUCUCGCUAGUCUUGCUGCAUCAAACUAGACAAAAUACUUUAGUAGGAGCAAUUGCAAACUAGAAGGUGCAUCUUUGUUUGAAUGAAUGGGACAUGUAAUCUUACUGUUUGUUCUUUGCAUCUUCCAUUUGCUUGUCCAACUUAAUCAAAACAUGGUCAGGCACAA